CGGUCCGGGCGGCUCUAGCCGCGCGCCCCGGGACUCCGGCCGCCCCCGGUCACCCGCCGCCCGCUCCACUCCGGCCCUCUCCUCUGGGAGCCUGCCCUGUGUGCAGGGUCCGCAGGCGCAAUGGAGCGCGCGGCGGGUCCGCUCGGACAUGCCCUCUCCGGCCCGGUUCUCGAAAGCAAAGCCUGGAAGGCCGGGUUGGACUGUGGUGUGCCGGGCGGUGGUCGGAGCGCAGAGUCCCGGGCGCCGCCGGGGGAAAGUGCCGGGGCUCCCCAUCCGGCGCCCGAGCUGCCGCCGUGCCCCGGGGGUGAGUUCCUGCCUGCCACCCCUCACCCGGAGGAGCGGCGCGCCCUUAGGGUCCGCCCCGCACGUGCCAGUUCCGCGCCCGCGGCGCCUGGACAGCCCCGGGACUCUGCCAGGUGGAUGUUGUGCGUAGCCGGAGCCAAGUUGAAGAGAGAACUCGAUGCCACCGCAACAGUAUUGGCGAACCGGCAAGAUGAAAGUGAACAGUCCAGAAAGCGGCUUAUCGAGCAGAGCCGAGAGUUCAAGAAGAACACUCCAGAGGAUUUGCGCAAGCAGGUAGCGCCGCUGCUGAAGAGCUUCCAAGGGGAGAUUGACGCACUGAGCAAGAGAAGCAAAGAGGCUGAGGCAGCCUUCUUGAACGUCUACAAGAGAUUGAUUGACGUCCCAGAUCCGGUGCCGGCUCUGGAUCUCGGGCAGCAGCUCCAGCUCAAAGUGCAGCGCCUGCACGAUAUUGAAACAGAGAAUCAGAAACUUAGGGAAACUCUCGAAGAAUACAACAAGGAAUUUGCCGAAGUGAAAAAUCAAGAGGUUACGAUAAAAGCACUUAAAGAAAAAAUCCGAGAAUAUGAACAGACUCUGAAGAACCAAGCUGAAACUAUCGCUCUUGAGAAAGAACAGAAGUUACAGAAUGACUUUGCAGAAAAGGAGAGAAAGCUGCAAGAGACACAGAUGUCCACCACCUCAAAGCUGGAGGAAGCGGAACAUAAAGUUCAAACUCUGCAAACAGCCCUGGAAAAAACUCGAACAGAAUUAUUUGACCUGAAAACCAAAUACGAUGAAGAAACUACUGCAAAGGCCGACGAGAUUGAAAUGAUCAUGACGGACCUGGAGAGAGCGAACCAGAGGGCAGAGGUGGCGCAGAGAGAGGCGGAGACCUUGAGGGAGCAGCUCUCGUCGGCCAAUCACUCCCUGCAGCUGGCCUCGCAGAUCCAGAAGGCGCCGGACGUGGAGCAGGCCAUAGAGGUACUGACGCGCUCCAGCCUGGAAGUUGAGUUGGCCGCCAAAGAGCGGGAGAUCGCCCAGCUGGUGGAGGACGUGCAGAGACUCCAGGCCAGCCUCACCAAGCUGCGGGAGAACUCGGCCAGCCAGAUCUCCCAGCUCGAGCAGCAGCUGAGUGCCAAGAACAGCACACUCAAACAACUGGAAGAAAAACUCAAAGGCCAGGCUGACUAUGAAGAGGUGAAGAAAGAGCUGAAUAUUCUGAAGUCCAUGGAGUUUGCACCGUCUGAGGGAGCUGGGACACAGGACGCGGCCAAGCCCCUGGAGGUGCUGCUGCUGGAGAAGAACCGCUCGCUGCAGUCCGAGAACGCCGCGCUGCGCAUCUCCAACAGCGACCUGAGCGGGUCAGCCAGGAGAAAAGGGAAAGACCAGCCUGAGAGUCGGCGCCCUGGACCUUUGCCGGCCUCCCCUCCUCCUCAGUUGCCCCGCAACACGGGGGAGCAGGCUUCCAAUACUAACGGUACACACCAGUUCUCACCAGCGGGGUUAAGUCAAGACUUUUUCAGCUCAUCCCUGGCAAGCCCCAGCCUACCCCUGGCUUCUACAGGAAAAUUUGCACUAAACUCUCUCCUCCAGCGACAGCUAAUGCAGUCCUUCUACUCCAAGGCCAUGCAGGAAGCAGGAAGCACAAGCAUGAUUUUUUCAACAGGUCCAUACAGCACAAACUCCAUAUCUUCCCAAAGUCCAUUACAACAAAGCCCAGAUGUAAAUGGCAUGGCCCCGUCCCCCAGCCAGUCAGAAAGUGCUGGGAGCGUCUCCGAGGGCGAGGAGAUGGACACUGCAGAAAUCGCCCGGCAGGUCAAAGAGCAGCUGAUCAAGCACAAUAUCGGACAGCGCAUUUUCGGACAUUACGUCUUGGGACUGUCUCAAGGGUCCGUGAGCGAGAUUCUGGCCCGGCCCAAGCCAUGGAAUAAACUGACCGUUCGCGGCAAGGAGCCAUUUCACAAGAUGAAGCAGUUCCUCUCCGACGAGCAGAACAUCCUGGCCCUCCGCAGCAUCCAAGGCAGACAAAGAGAGAAUCCAGGCCAGAGCCUGAACAGACUAUUUCAGGAAGUACCGAAACGAAGAAGUGGGUCUGAAGGUAACAUCACCACCCGCAUCCGAGCCUCAGACACUGGCUCCGACGAAGCAAUCAAGUCCAUCCUGGAACAAGCCAAGCGGGAGCUCCAAGUGCAGAAAACUGCAGAGCCGGCCCAGCCUUCUUCCACCUCCAGCAGCGGGAACUCCGACGAUGCCAUCCGCUCCAUCCUGCAGCAAGCCCGCCGCGAGAUGGAGGCCCAGCAGGCCGCCCUCGACCCAGCCUUAAAACAAGCGCCGCUGUCCCAGACUGACAUCACCAUCCUGACCCCCAAGCUGCUGUCCUCCUCGCCCAUGUCGACCGUUCCCAGCUACUCUCCCCUCGCGCUCUCCCUGAAGAAGGCCCCCGCGGCUCCCGAGGCCAGCGCCUCUGCUCUGCCGAACCCCCCGGCCCUCAAAAAGGAGGCCCAGGACGCCCCCGGACUGGACCCCCAGGGAGCGGCCGAGUCUGCACAAGGAGUUCUGAGACACGUGAAAAACGAGGUGGGCCGCAGCGGCGCGUGGAAGGACCACUGGUGGAGCACGGUCCAGCCGGAGAGGAGAAACACGGCCGCCUGUGAGGAAGCCAAGGUCGAAGAAGCCAGCAGCGGGAAGGACAAGGUGAGCAGCGGCCAGCCACGGCCUGAGCGCAGCCAGCUCCAGGGACCCUCGUCGGCAGAGUACUGGAAGGAGUGGCCCAACGCCGAGUCCCCGUACUCCCAGAGCUCGGAGCUGAGUCUGACCGGAGCCAGCCGCAGCGAGACACCCCAGAACAGCCCUCUGCCUUCCUCCCCAAUCGUGCCCAUGUCGAAGCCCACCAAGCCCUCGGUGCCCCCGCUGACCCCUGAGCAGUAUGAGGUCUACAUGUACCAGGAGGUGGACACCAUUGAGCUCACCCGGCAGGUCAAAGAGAAGCUGGCCAAGAACGGCAUCUGCCAAAGGAUCUUCGGGGAGAAGGUGCUGGGCUUGUCCCAGGGCAGCGUCAGUGACAUGCUAUCCCGGCCAAAGCCAUGGAGCAAGCUGACCCAGAAAGGCCGAGAACCCUUCAUCCGGAUGCAGCUCUGGCUGAACGGCGAGCUGGGCCAGGGUGUCCUGCCCGUUCAAGGGCAGCAGCAAGGGCCAGUCCUGCACUCUGUGACAUCGCUACAGGACCCCCUGCCGCAGGGCUGUGUGAGCUCAGAAAGCACUCCAAAGACCUCCGCCAGCUGCAGCCCUGCCCCCGAGUCCCCCAUGAGCUCCAGCGAGUCAGUGAAGAGUCUGACCGAGCUGGUCCAGCAGCCCUGUCCCCCCAUCGACACCAGUAAGGAUGGGAAGCCAUCAGAACCCAGCGACCCGCCAGCACCAGACUCCCAGCCCGCAACCCCGCUGCCUCUCUCGGGACACUCAGCCCUCAGCAUCCAAGAACUGGUAGCCAUGUCUCCAGAGCUGGACACCUACGGCAUAACCAAGAGGGUCAAGGAGGUGCUGACAGACAACAACCUCGGUCAGCGCUUAUUUGGGGAGACCAUCUUAGGGCUCACCCAAGGCUCCGUCUCUGACCUCCUUGCCCGCCCGAAGCCCUGGCAUAAGCUCAGUCUGAAGGGACGGGAGCCCUUUGUCCGGAUGCAGCUGUGGCUGAAUGACCCCAACAAUGUGGAGAAGCUGAUGGACAUGAAACGGAUGGAGAAGAAAGCCUACAUGAAGCGGCGGCACAGCUCAGUCAGUGACAGCCAGCCCUGCGAGCCCCCCUCUGUCGGCACUGACUACAGCCAGGGCGCCAGCCCCCAGCCCCAGCACCAGCUGAAGAAACCCCGAGUGGUGCUGGCUCCCGAAGAAAAAGAAGCCCUGAAACGAGCGUAUCAGCAAAAGCCAUACCCAUCACCAAAAACCAUCGAAGACCUCGCCACCCAACUCAACCUGAAAACCAGCACUGUCAUCAACUGGUUCCACAACUACAGGUCUCGGAUCCGCAGAGAACUGUUCAUUGAAGAAAUUCAAGCCGGGAGCCAGGGCCAGGCCGGCGCCAGCGACUCGCCGUCGGCCCGGAGCGGCCGGGCAGCGCCCAGCUCGGAGGGCGACAGCUGCGACGGCGUGGAGGCCGGCGUGGAAGCCGCCGACGGCCCGGGCGCCGCGGACGCCGAGGAGCCGGGCGGCCCCGGGGCCGCCGCCAAGUCUCAGGGAGGACCGGCCGAGGCGCAGCGGGAGGAGGCGCCGCGGCCCGCGGAGAAGGCCGAGCCGCCGCCCUCGGGGACCCCGGGUCCGGAAGACGCGGACGAGGAGGGCCGGCCCCGGCCGCCGCCCGAGGGCCCCGCCGACGGCCCGGGGCCCCUGCCAAACCCCGCCGCGCCCGCGGCCGGGGAGGACGCCGCUACCUCAGCCGCCCCGCCCGGGGAGGGCCCCGGCGCGGCCCGGGACGGCGCCCCGAGGAGUUCCGCCUUGCCAAGCACCAGCGCGCCCGCGGCCGCCCGCAGGCCCAGCUCCCUGCAGAGCCUCUUCGGCCUGCCCGAGGCGGCGGGCGCCAGGGACUCGCGAGACAACCCCCUGAGGAAGAAGAAGGCCGCGAACUUGAACAGCAUAAUCCACCGCCUGGAGAAGGCCGCCAGCCGGGAGGAGCCCAUCGAAUGGGAGUUCUGAGAGGGCGCCGCCCG